UUCACCUCCCCCGAGCUCCCCCCCUCUUCGCCUCCGCCUCCGUAUCGAUCUUGCGUCGCCAACCCUAAUCCUACUCCACAGAUCUGUUCGCCGCAGUUGAUCUCCCUGCCAAAUCGCGCCAUUCCUCGAGAAUCCCCAUCGCUGUUCGAGAUCUUACCUCUAGGCUUGGCGUGUGGGGAUCCUUUGUUCUUCGUCGCUUGGUGCGGUUGGUUUGGUUUCUGGGUCGAAGUCGAUACUGUAGGGUGGAGGCGUCUGAGUUCUUCUGGCGCAUCCUAGAUGAAGAAGCGGAGAGGGAUCGAAGUCUCUGCAGCGGAAAAGGUUGAUGGGUCGAAUAAGGAUAUGAAACGGAGGUUGAUUAUGAGCGAUUCGGAGUGUAACUUGGAUGAUUGCCUCGCUUCUUUGCGGAGGGCGGAUCGUGGAGUUAGUCGAAAUGGGGACAACUCCAUCUGCGGCGAAGACAAUGAGGUGGAGAUGAAAGAAGAGGAGGAGAAUGCGGAUGUAGAUAAGAAAGAAAAGGUUUUGAAGUCUUAUGAAGGAACUCAAACUGAUGAGGUCGCAGUUUCUUGUAAGAAAGAAGUGUUAGAGACAGAGCUCGAGAGGAAGUGCCGAAUAGAGUCAUCUCGUGCUGAAGUCCAAUCAGAAAAGUCAAAAUUGGAUUCUUCGGAACAAGGAGGAAAGAAGAAAUUUCUGUCUGGCGGGAACAUGUCUAAAACUGUUAUUUCAGAUGGUGUGGAUGAAAAAGAGGAGAUGAAUGUGCACAAAGAAGGAAGUUCCAAAUCCUCAGUCCCUGCAAAGAGGAAGAGGGGUCGAGUAAUGGAGAACCAAACACUGACAAAUUUACAAAAAACUGGGAAGACGGAAACUGAAAAGAACAAGCUGAUAGAAUCACCAGAUAAGCAGAAACUUGAGGCGAAGGAUAACAGUAGCUGUGUCACCGGAGACAGGGCAGAAGACAUUGGUGUUUCACGACCCAAGGAUGAUAUUCUGAGGAUGCAAGGGAAAUCUGGCGUCUUGCGAGUACUACCUAGUAAUAAGAAGGUUGAUGGGCUUGAGAACCAUUCUAAAAGGAAUUAUGAAGAGGUCUCAAAGGCCAUAAGCUCUCGUGGUGUAGCUACCCGUGCCGCACUGAAGCAACAAUCCCUGUCUCCCUUUGAAAGAGUUGAUGAAAAUUCAAGCUUAGGUGCCUCGCCGAGCAAAAAUGAAUUGAGAAAGUCAAAAAAGGACAGUCUCGAGAAAAGUGCAAACAGUAGACGUGAAACACUGCAGAAGAAUGUUUUUCAUAAAACAAGAAAAAAGAAAGCACAUAUUUCAAAGGGUAAGACUGGUCUGAGAACAAAGAGCAACUCCAGUGCAGAAAGUGUUGUUAAGGCAAAACAAGUAUCAGAGAGUGCAAACGUAUCUCGCAGAACUGAAAAGCAAAAACUUAGAGAUCAGUUAAAAGAUAUACUUCUUAAUGCUGGUUGGACAAUAGAUCUGAGGCCAAGAAGAGGCAGGAACUAUGAGGAUUCUGUUUACAUACCUCCUGAAGGUCAUGGUGGUUAUUGGUCAAUCACAAAGGCUUAUGCAGUGUAUCAGGAACGUCUAAAGAGAACAAACAAAUCGGAGGGUAAGAUUUCUUCUGGAAGGAACUGCAGAACACCUUCUGUGAGCGACCCUAUCAUACCCUUGGAGUCACUUGAUUUACUGAAAAGAGUUGUUGUUAACAAGAGAAGAAGAAGGAUAGAAGAGUCUGAAGAAUCCCCAAAGUAUAAAGGGAAGAAAGUAAAGAAAAAAUCUGACAAGAGACAUCCUAGAGAUCAAGCUACUAAGGGUAAGUUGACUCCAGACUCAAAGUUUUCUGUCGGUUCCACAUCUUAUAAGAAUCAUCACAACGGAAGAAGCAGACAGAGAGGAUGCACCCUAUUGGCCCGUGGUAUUAACCAUAAGUCAGAAGCUGAUGACGCAGAUUAUGUCACUUACAGGCAUAAAAGGACAGUUCUUUCAUGGAUGAUAGAUGUGGGUGUAUUGCCCAUAAAUGGAAAAGUGAAGUAUAUGAACCAACGAAUGACUAAAACAAAGUUGGAAGGCUGGAUAACUAGAGACGGCAUUAACUGUAGCUGCUGUGGUAAAAUCCUUUCUCUAUCAAACUUCGGUCUUCAUGCUGGUAACAAACUUAUACAUCCAUCACAAAAUAUAUUUUUGGAGGAUGGAGAAAUUUCCCUGUUGAAAUGCCAGCUUGAGGCAUGGAAAAAACAGGGUGAAUCUGAACGGCAAGGAUUCUACAAUAUUGAUGUCAAUGGUGAUGACCCUAAUGAUGAUACCUGUGGUAUCUGUGGUGAUGGUGGCCCCUUAAUCUGUUGUGAUGGUUGUCCUUCGACCUUUCAUCUGGCUUGCUUGGGCAUCGAGAAGCCUCCUCCUGGAGAUUGGCACUGUACCAACUGCUGCUGCAGGUUCUGUGGGCAGAUCUCGACUGAUCCUAGUAGUGCAAGCUAUGAAACAGUUUCCUUAUUGCUUUCCUGUCACCAGUGUGAGGCAAAAUACCAUGAAGAUUGCAUUCCUGAGACAGAGUAUAUAUCUGCCACUUCCAAGAGUACUGCCAUUUCUUUUUGUUCCUCAAGUUGUAGAAAGGUUUUCCGAGGACUAAAGAAGAUUCUUGGGAUGAAGAAUGAUAUUGAAUCAGGAUUCUCAUGGACUGUUGUCAGGCGUUUUGAUGAGGAUUCUUCUAAAUCUCCAUUACAGUUCCAUCAAACGGCCGAAUCCAACUCAAAGAUUGCUGUCGCCCUUGCAGUUAUGGAUGAGUGUUUUCUGCCUAUUGUUGACCGGAGAAGUGGCAUUAACCUUAUUCAUAAUGUUGUGUAUAAUUGUGGAUCAAAUUUCAGUCGGCUGAAUUACAGCGGUUUCUACACUUUUAUUUUGGAGCAUGGGGAUGAAAUUAUCUCUGUGGCAUCUAUCAGAAUUCACGGAACCAGACUGGCAGAAAUGCCUUUCAUUGGGACAAGAAACAUGUAUAGACGUCAAGGGAUGUGCCGUCGGCUACUUAGUGGAAUUGAAUCAGUAAAUAUUUUCUCUUGGAUGUUUUUGAGUAAAAAUAAAUAGAUUGAGGCUAUAUGUUUUGUCCCAUUCUUUUCUAUUUUCAUCCUAUUAUAAAAUUUUCUACAUCUUGACUAUAAGUAUAUCAUUCUUUCAUUAUUUUUAUGUUAUUUUAUAAUUCUUAUACAACGUAAAAGUUAAUCAUUGUGUUUAUAUUCAUGUAUGCAUUAAAUUUCUUUUAUUUCUAUGUUUAAAGCAGGUAAGAAGCUGUAAACUGAAUUAUCUUCAAUAUCAUCUCUCUGCCAUCAUAAUUAUCAAGAAAGCAUAUUUGUUUCAACCAUCUCUCUCUCUCUCUCUCUCUCUUUCAAAUUUCCCUACUGCCUCUACUGCUUUCUUUGUUUUCUUUAAAGCCUUAGCGAUUGCUUCAAUUUAUGUUGCCUCAAUUCAUUUUAACUACUAUGACAUACAGACCAUGCAUAUUUACAGCUGCAGAGAUUAGAGACUUAUUUUGGGUCACAAACUUGUAAAUAUCUAAUGUUCUUGUAAAACAAAAUGAUUGUGAUUUCUAUAAAUGCAAUUAAAUAUGGAAGAUAAAAUGGAAACAUUCGUGUGGUUUUAGACUUUAGAGCAUUGAAAAUGUCCUUACUAACAUAGAGAGGAAAGCUAAAUGGAAGUGUUAUGAAGUAUGUCAUUUGUAAGAUGGAAAAAAGAAUAAAAAGGCUAGCCCAGGACUGAUCCUAAUGUGGCUGAUCAUGUCUGAGAGUCGAGGUGAUGGACGCUGAGGAUGUGACUCUCCUGUUGACCGUGCAUGGAUCUCCGAUGAGAC